UCCUAUGCGCUCCGUCCGUGCACCAAACAGAAGCUAGCUGGAUGCUCUAUUUAUGAGUUAGUAAAGCACACAGCAUCUCGAGUGUUUUUCUUUACCGUCAGAAUCACUCGUUUUGAAACCAUGACAGCUAUAAAAGACGGAGAAUACACCGCUACAAUCUACAAACUGAUUAAAGAUGGACAGUAUGUGGAAGCGAUUCACAUCCUAAACGGCCAGCUUCAGAAACACACAAAGUCCAGGGCAGCGUUAUCUCUGCUGGGCUUCUGCUACUAUCACAUCCAGGAUUUCAUCAACUCUGCAGAGUGUUACGAGCAGCUCACCCAGCUGCACCCGGAGGUGGAGGAGUAUAAGGUGUACUUUGCUCAGUCACUGUACAAAGCCGGUGCAUAUCCUGAAGCCACCAAAGCCUCCUUCGUGCUGGAUAACCCCAACAGCCAAUCCAAGAUGAUCAAGCUGCAAGCAUGUAUCAAAUACUGUGAGGAAGAUUACUCUGCUGCCAAGUCACUACUGGAGCAGCUCCCUCAGGAGGACCCCGACUACAUCCACAAUAUGGGCUGUUUGCUCUACCAGGACGGCAAGCAUGAAGAGGCCUGCAAGAAGUUCACGUCAGCCAUGCAAAUGCUGGGAUAUGUACCAGCGUUGUCGUACAACAUCGCCUUGUGUUACUACAACCUGAAGAAUUACGCUCAGGCCUUGAAAUACAUCGGAGAGAUCAUAGAACGAGGCAUCAGGGAGCAUCCAGAGCUGAGCGUGGGGAUGACGACUGAGGGCAUCGACGUCCACAGCGUGGGGAACACUCUGGUACUUCAUCAAACCGCCCUGAUCGAAGCCUUCAACCUCAAAGCUGCCAUUGAGUACCAGCUAAAGAACGUGAAAGGAGCUCAGGAAGCUUUGACAGAUAUGCCCCCCAGAUCAGAGGAGGAGCUUGACCCAGUUACCCUCCACAACCAGGCUCUGGUGAACAUGGACACAAAGCCGUCUGAGGGGUUUGAGAAGCUUGCCUUCCUCCUGCAGCAGCCCUCCUUCCCUCCUGUCACCUUUGGGAACCUGCUGCUGCUCUACUGCAAACACGAGUACUUUGACCUAGCGGCUGAUGUCCUGGCAGAGAACGCUCAUCUCACCUACAAGUUCCUCUCCCCGUACAUGUACGAGUUUCUUGAUGCCUUGUUGACCUGCCAGACGGCUCCAGAGGAGGCCUUCAGGAAGUUUGAUGAGAUGAACGGCAAACUGACAGAGCAGUUACGGAAACUGGCCAAGCAGGUGCAGGAGGCUCGGCUGGCUCGAGACGAUGAAGUGCAGAAAAAGGCUGUGCAGGACUACGACCUGAUGCAGGAGAAGUACAUCGUGGUCCUCAUGGCUCAGGCGAAGAUCUACUGGAACCGGGAGAACUUCCAGAUGGUGGAGAAGCUUUUCCGCAAGUCCGUGGAGGUGUGCAACGAGGACGACACCUGGAAGCUGAACGUCGCCCACGUGCUCUUCAUGCAGAACAAGUACAAGGAGGCCAUCGGCUUCUACGAGCCCAUCGUCAAGAAACACUACGAUAACAUCCUGAAUGUGAGCGCUGUGGUCCUGGCCAACCUGUGCGUGUCCUACAUCAUGACGAGCCAGAAUGAAGAGGCCGAGGAGCUGAUGAGAAAGAUUGAAAAAGAGGAGGAGCAGAUCUCCUACGAUGACCCUGAAAAGAAGGUCUUCCAUCUCUGCAUCGUCAACCUGGUGAUCGGGACGCUGUACUGCGCGAAGGGGAACUACGACUUUGGCAUCUCUCGUGUCAUCAAAAGCCUCGAGCCCUACAACAAGAAGUUGGGAACAGACACAUGGUUCUACGCCAAGCGCUGUUUCCUGUCUCUGCUGGAGAACAUGUCCAAACACAUGGUCAUGCUGAGGGAUGCCGUGGUACAGGAGUGUAUUCAGUUCCUGGAGCACUGCGAGGCGUACGGUAAGGAGGUGCCUGCCAUCAUCGAGCAGCCGCUGGAGGAGGUCCACAUUCACAUCGGCAAGAACACCGUCACCUACGAGGCUCGACUGCUGAAGGCUCUGUUCUAUGAGGUCAUCGGCUGGAACAAGUGACAUCAUCACACAGGUGUUGCAUAUCCUCAUCGACCAGAUAUGAGACGUCACCGACCGCGGCCUAGGAUGUGUGGUUGACUUUGUCUUUGAUUGAAGGAUUGUGGACUGGACAUACACACACACACACACACACACACACACACACACACACACACACACACACACACACACGCUCUGAUGUAUUUUGAGUAAAGCCUGCUGUGCAAGCUUUAAAUUCCUGGGAAUCAAAACGGCUUCCAGUUCCUGACUUCAUUUGGGCAGAUUUUGGACUCCCUCCUCACACACGUCCCAGGGGAGGCUUUUAUUUUGAAGUUGAGCUGGCGGGGUUUGGCCGAGUGAUCGCUCAAACAGAUCUUAUGUAAUCACUCUAAUGUAUGACUCAUUUAAAGGCCGUCUGCUUAAACCAAAGCUCUCCUUCACAAACGACAGGAUCUCCAUUUAUUGUUAUAAAGACUAAAUGUCAUUGAAGACAAAAAAGGUUUAACAAAUACUUUGUUUUGUUGGUUGUUUUAUUCUGCUGACAUAAAAUACAUGAUGAUAUUUUAUAUGUCCGACUAUUUACAUGCUUACAAAGUUCAUGCGUAUAUCCUCUCCGUAGAUAAAAUGUUUGUGGAAAGCAAUAAUUUAAAUAAAAUGAAAUGUUAUUUUUGGAUGUUA